AUGGAGGGAAACAACAACAUGCUGGCACCGCCAGUUGUCUCGCACCUACGGGCACAAGCUGGUGGUCACAUGGAGCGCAGCCUGAGUACCGAUAUACGGGAGGAGAGGGAGGACCUACGAGAAGCUGCGGAACAGACGCUCAAUGUUAUAAUGGACCUCAGCCUCGACGGUAGCAUUCGAUGGGUCAGCCCCUCAUGGACCGACGUUAUCGGCACUACUCUCGAAUCUGUGCAAGGAAAGCCAAUCAAGGACAUUCUGGUUGGCGACAAUAGGGAGGUCUUUGCGGAUGUGGUGGAAUCCAUGAAGAAGGACGAUUCACGCAGUCAAAUCAUUAGGUUUACUGUUCAAUUAGGUCCUGGGUCCAAGUUGCGAUCAAUCGAGUCACAAGACAAGUUGAAGGCAGAGGGCGAGGAUGAAGAGCCGACUCCUCAGGCCGAGCCGGCUACAAUCGAUCUCGAGGGACAAGGUAUCAUGGUGUAUGAUCGUUCUUCAGGAGGAGAAAGUCAUACAAUGUGGAUGAUUCGACCAUGGAUUGCACCACGCGAGAUUCAGAUCGACCUGCCGGACGUGAUUGUCGAUUCUCUUGGGUCUGGUGCCGAGAUUCUAGCAUCCUAUCUGACUACUCUGGCUGAAGUUGGCUUUGCGGAUCCAGCUCAUAAUGCACCUCCUCUCCCGGUGCUUUGCCGUAUUUGCGAACGUCAAAUCCCUCCGUGGUGGUUUGAGAAGCACACGGAGCUAUGCCUUCAAGAACACAAGGCUGAGAUGGAAGUUCAAAUGUCUCAAGAAAAUCUGACUGAACAUCGCCACGCUAUUGUCAAGGUACUAGAUGCUCUGGAGGCCCGGAAGACUCGAUCUGUGUCAAGCGACCCAGCUCCUUUGGCUACACCACAAGCUGAGUAUAAGGGGAUGCCAAUUGGCCCCUGCUCGACGUCUUCCUCCUCAGGUACAGCUUCCCCCGGUACCCCUGUUGGGAGGUCUCGAGAUUCAUCCUCAACUAGUGGGUUUGGCCAUUCGCGGCAGCGGUCCUUCGCUGUCCGACGUCCACAAGCAAGAAUUGUCGAGUUAUUACUUGAUCUAUGUGAUACUGCAAUCGAAAUCAGCACGCCAGCCAUCAAGGAAGGCCCCGCGCAGACUCCUGGCGAGUUUCGCACGCAGUCUCCUCAAUCAGAAUCGCGAUUAUCACAGGUUAUGCAGUGGCAAUCCCCAAGCACAAAUACGCUCGACCAGGAGCAAGGUCUAGCUUUAUUAUGUGCUGACAGCGAGAGAGCAGCUAAGUCAAAAGUUGAAGCUGUUAUUCGGCACCGGAGAAUCAUUGAGUACUCGGAACGCAUUCGGAUGGAAUUUUCAGUAGUUGUACAAGAUUGCAUCGAUGAAGCUAUGCGGAAAGCUUCUCGGAUUGCGGCUGGCCUCCUCAGCGAAUCUGAGUCUGAAGAGGAGAGAACUCUUGCUAAUGACGAUGGCUUCUUUACUGGAUCUUUUGAUGGACCAUCGUCACUCGCAGCUGCUCUACGAGAGGCUGAAUUGAGACGAGAUGCUGAGGGACAUCAAUCCUCAUCAACUGCUGGUUCAGCCAGGUCGUGCAGUCCCAAGGAAUCUCCAACGCCCAAGUCCCAAGGUCCAAACAGCAUACUUUCGCAGUCACAAGGCUCCCGACGGCAAUCAUUAUUUUUCGAAAGUGAUGCUGGUGAUAGUGAUGGCAGCAUAAGAUCUUCAUCUCUAAUGUCUCGUCCACCACCCCGAACCGAUUCCCCAGUCUCUGAAUUUGGCGAUCUACGUCGCGCGGCAAGCUCUCGUCAACGCCAUCGUAGAAGUAUUAUUCUACCUGGUACUUCUUCACCUCAUCGUCAAGAAUCACCUGUCAGGAUCCCACAACCAUCAUCGCCCUUACGAAUUACAAAACCACGGGCAUUGCCAAUUGCACGCGAAGGUAUUGUGUCUCCUACAGCCUCUCCUUUUUUGCCCGGAAGCGAAUUCAGCUCUCCUGCCCUUAUUCCGCAUCACCACAGACGUCAAUCAUCAGCUGCGGGUUCUGAUCCCUCACGACCCCCACCAUCUCCUCGUAUGAGUGCUGUAAGUGCACCCCAGGCUAGAGCUGUACCACCAUCUAUCAAAGACUUUGAAAUCAUCAAACCUAUUAGUAAGGGUGCAUUUGGAAGUGUUUAUUUGGCGAAAAAGAGAUCUACUGGCGACUACUAUGCAAUCAAGGUGUUGAAAAAGGCAGAUAUGGUUGCAAAGAAUCAGGUUACGAAUGUCAAGGCGGAACGAGCUAUCAUGAUGUGGCAGGGUGAAAGCGACUUCGUCGCAAAGCUCUACUGGACGUUUUCCAGCAAAGAUUAUCUCUACUUGGUUAUGGAAUAUCUUAACGGAGGUGAUUGCGCAUCUCUUAUCAAGGUUCUCGGCGGCCUGCCAGAGGACUGGGCGAGGAAGUAUCUGGGAGAGGUCAUCUUGGGGGUGGAGCACCUUCACAACCGUGGUAUCGUUCAUCGAGACUUGAAACCAGACAAUCUUCUCAUCGACCAGAAAGGCCAUCUUAAGCUCACCGAUUUUGGUCUGUCGAGAAUGGGGUUGAUUGGACGUCAAAAGCGGGUUCUAAACAGCACGAACGAGUCUGCUCCGGAUCUGCUUAAACAAGGACCAUUCGCACGCACAACUUCGAUCAGCUCCUCGCGAUCGACUUCGUUUGACUUCCAAGGACAUCAUUCGCCAGGCUCGACGCCUCAGAUGACUCCAGACCUCGGAGGUAGCACUCCUUCAUAUUUCAGUCUAAGUCGUGAAGGCACUGUGAACAAAGACUCUCGACGCAUAUCUGGUCGCAGUGAUAGCGGUGGCAGCGAGACCCUGAAUCAAAUGUUCACAAGCUUUUCUCUGCAUGACAAUCAAGGUCAGCAAUUGAUGGGCCAGCGAAGAACCCCGAUAGAAGAAAUUAGCGAGGGUGAAGCCAACAACUCGCCUGAUUUCCUCCCGCUCCAUCAGAUCAACAGCCAAUCAAGCAAUGAGCAAAAGAACGCGCUACCACAGACAAGCAUGAUGCCGCCCCCAAUGGCUCUUUUCGAUCCAGAUGACAGCAAUAGACGAUUCGUAGGCACCCCAGAUUACUUGGCCCCCGAGACUGUGAAUGGUGUUGGUCAGGACGAGAGGAGUGAUUGGUGGUCCGUUGGCUGUAUUCUGUUCGAGUUCUUGUACGGUUAUCCACCUUUCCAUGCAGGUACUCCUGAUGAAGUGUUUGAGAAUAUUCUUGCUCGAAGAAUCUCCUGGCCAGAUGACGCCGACUUUGACGUCUCCCCUGAGGCCAAAGAUUUGAUGAAUAAGCUCAUAUGUCUCGAUCCACGUGAGCGCCUCGGAGCUAAUAGCGAAGAGAAGUAUUCUUGUGGUGGUGAUGAGAUUCGCAAUCAUCCAUUCUUCGAAGGUACAAACUGGGAGAAACUUCUCGAAGAUGACGCGCAAUUCGUCCCUGCACCCGAAAACCCGGAAGAUACCGAGUACUUCGAUGCUCGUGGUGCUACCUUGCAGUCUUUCGCCGAGGAGAUGGAAGAUCAGUCGUCACCACCAGCCUCAACACCAGGUGCAGACUAUCCCGAACGACCCCACGAUGCUUUGUCUCGAGUUAGAUCUCAAGUCAAUUCGAUAAAGCGAGGCCUAAUGCCGUUACAUAUCCCACCGCAUGUUCGCGAUUCGAAGAGUCGUAGACUUAGCGAGCCGGUUGUUGCUGACGACUUCGGUAAUUUUGCCUUCAAGAAUCUUCCCGUCUUAGAGAAGGCAAAUAAGGAUGUCAUCCAAAAACUCCGAGCCGAAGCGAUGGCUGCGCAAACCAAACCUGUGGCUAUCAGCCCUAGUUCUGGACCUACAAGUGCCACUUCACCUACACCAACAUUGGAAGGCAGUCCGAUAUUGCCAAUGCCAAUUCAAAAGACACUUUCAAAUGCAAAGGCUAGCAACCGCCCAUCGUCUCCGUCAGGGUUGAGCCAAGCCAAUGCAUCGCCUAGUCGCCAAUCACAGCCAUCAUCCCCCUUACUUGUUUCGUUCGUUGCAGGUCAGAAUGGCGAAGGAAGACGGAAGACAUCGAGCAACUCAUCUAGUCUUUCACACCAGUCCAGUAACUCGCUUGCUCCUGGCAGUUUUUUCGAAAUGCCUCGAGUGCCUGCAAAUCUUCAGAAGUCCACAAGCUCUGCCGCCGCUUCCCCAGUGAAGACCCGCGGUGCUGCACCGCCACCUUUGGCACUGUCACCACAGAAGAUUUCAACGCCAAGACAGGCGAGCAAUCCAUCAACCCGAGCCCGGUCCCAAACUGUGGGGUCCCAGGAAGGUAGUCCUACUCCGGGUGAUCUGUUCUCUCACCGCAAGCGACGAAGUCAGGUCUUUGACAUGUCACCUUCGUCUUCAGAUAAUGAGGGCGACAAGGCAAAUGCACUUCUACGCGUUCAAAGACGUCGUCAGAGCUCUAGGCGCAUGUCGCAGAUAAAUGUACAAGAUGGACCAAUAUUCCGUCCUUUAGAUGUUUUGAUUUGCGAAGAUCACCCUGUCUCAAGAAUGGUCAUGGAAAAGCUACUCGAGAAAUUGAGAUGUAGGACUAUCACAGCUACAAACGGAGCCGAGGCGAUGCGGUAUGCAAUGAGCGAGAUCAAAUUCGACAUAAUUCUGAUGGAGUUCAAGCUGCCUCAGAUCAACGGAGCAGACGUUGCGAGAAUGAUUCGCGAUACGAAGAAUGCCAACUUUCAGACACCUAUCGUUGCAGUUACUGGGUAUCUUAAGGAGCUCCAAGCACCGCAUCACUUCGAUGCCCUUAUUGAGAAACCUCCCACAACAUCGAAACUGACAGAGGUUAUGUGCCGACUUUGCCAAUGGAAGGCGCCAGCUCCCGGCCAAGUCACUUCGGCUCCUAUGGGAUAUCCACAGCCUUCUGGUUUGCGGCAAGAGAGCUUGAGACUGGAGGAUAGCCCAACCUCGGGAUCCUCAGGGUAUGCUCACAUGCCUGGAAGCAGCUUCAGAGGUUCAAGCCGUGAAGACUCUAUGAGCUCUAGCCUUUUCGGCGACUCGGAGUCCUUUAUGACUGAUGAUAUCUCUGUAGUUAUCAGUCGAAAGGCCACUGGAGACUGGGAUGACCCUAGUGGUCUUGGGAUUAGCAAUGAAGAAGCAUCGCUUGAUUCUCAACAUCUCCCGAAACAAAAAUUACCCUAUUCUCUCCUCCACGAAGUAUCCGCGCCCGGUCGAAUGGAGCAAGAUCAAAAGCUGCCUCUUCGGCAGCGCUCAUCGGAGGCGAUGAAAGCAAAGAGGGAAUCGAUUGAGAAGCACCGCCAUGAAUGUGCCGAGUCAGGAGACGACGAAGACGAGGAACUCGGAGAUACAUGUGUGCGAGAGAAGAGCCCAAAACAGGCCACCAAACCCAAUCGCGGAUCAAAAUUGGGCACUGAGAUGAUGCGAACAAAUAGUCGCGGGAGCGUUGUUUCGUCAUCAGACCUGACUGCCAGCGCCGACUCAGUUGAACCUCCCCCAACCGUCACUGAAGAACUUCCCACAGUGUCCGAAAUUAGCGGCGGUCAUUUGACACCUCCUGAGGUCUUCACCACUCCUGGAAACAACGUGAUCGAGAUCGACUUUGACGAAACACCAAAGGCAUCCUCUACACAACUCGACUCACUAGACGAAGAGCCAACUCGACGUGCACCAUCAGUCGCUUCGACUAGGACAGACUAG